AUGGCAGCAUCAUCAUCCUCUUCUUUCACCCUCCCGCAGUGGCAAGCCACCGGCCAGGCAAAGCGGGAGGAGAUUCUGAGGCUUCUGCCUCCGGAAUGGCGGAUCGAUUCGGUUCCCACGCCCCAGGCUCUCCGCAAUGUCACGCACUACUCCGCGCAGUUCCUGACAACCGAAGAGAGAGAUAUCACCGAAACCUUGUCUGCUGCCGCCCUUCUUGGUAAACUGUCCAGGGGGGAGCUCACGGCACUUCAGGUCACCAAGGCAUUCUGUCACAGGGCUACCAUUGCACAUCAGCUUACCAACUGUCUUUCUGAAGUCAACUUUACCCCAGCCCUAUCUGACGCCGAGGCCCUCGAUGCCGCUUACGAUCGAGAGGGCAAGGUUGUUGGGCCGCUUCACGGGCUGCCCGUGUCAUUGAAGGACCAAUUCCGCGUCAGGGAUACCGAGACAUCCGUUGGGUAUGUCGGCUGGCUGGGGAAGAAAGAGACCACCGAGUCCGAGUCCUGGAUUGUCCAACAGCUACGAAAGCUGGGUGCGAUUGUCUUCGUCAAGACAAAUGUUCCUACAAGCUUGAUGGCCAUUGAGACCAACAAUAACAUUGUCGGCUACACCCUCAAUGCUGCCAAUAGGCUCCUGUCAUCUGGCGGAUCUUCUGGAGGUGAGGGGGCAUUGAUCGCGGCGGGUGGCAGCAUUAUCGGUCUGGGAUCCGAUGUGGGUGCGUCAAUCCGCCUGCCCAGCGGGUUCAACGGCAUCGUGGGACUCCGGCCAUCCCACGGCCGUCUCCCCUAUCUCGGCGUGGCAAACAGCAUGCUUGGCCACCAAACCUUAGAAUCCGUGAUUGGGCCAAUGGGUCGUAAUAUCGCGGAUCUCAGGUUGUUCGUUCGGGCCAUUCUCGGCGUGGAGCCGUGGAAGGCGGACCCCAAGGUGCUGACGCUCCCUUGGCGGGACAGCGAGGAGCUCAAAGCCCGGCAAAAGAUUGCCUCGAAGAAACUUACCUUUGGCGUGUUGCGUGAUGACGGUGUGGUGACACCUCAUCCUCCCGUGGGGCGAGUUGUGGAAGAGGCUGCUCAGAAACUAACAGCGCACGGCUACGAGGUAAUCGAGUGGGAACCCCCUGCGCACUCGGAAGCCUUUGAAAUUGCUUGGGCAGCCUUCACGGCCGACGCCGGGCGCGACAUCCAUAACCAACUCUCUCUCUCUGGCGAGGUACCGGUCCCUGAACUCGCAGCCGUGUACGGGGAGACAUUCGGCCACCUGCCGCCCAAAACAGUUAACAAUCUGUGGGACUCCCAGCGCCGGAGGGAUGAAUUUCAAAUCAGCUACCUGCGAUACUGGGAGUCAACCUGCGCCAGGACGAGCAAUGGCGAGGCAGUGGACGCCAUUAUUGUCCCUGUCGCUCCAACUGUUGGCUACGAGCGCGGCAAGGGUCUCUAUCCCGGAUACACGGCUGCCUACACCGUAUUGGACUACUCGGUUGCUGUCGUACGUGCUGGGAAGGCGGACGCUGCCAAGGACCUCCCGUAUCAAGAAUUCAAGGCUCAAAGUGAUUUCGACGCGAUGAUUCACGCACAAUGUAUGUAUUUUCCAGCCCAUUCAUCUUUGUGUCGGCCCUUCUCCUUUCGAACUUUGAUGCUGAUACAAUACUCUGGUAGAUGA